UCGAAAGGGAAAGUGCGCGUCCGCUAGUUUAAAUUUUGUCGAAAAUAAACCAUAUACAAAUCCAUCCCCCUUACCCCGGACGGAAACGGUGCGCAGGGGGACGCAUAAUAUGCGCCACGUGCGUGCUCACAAAUUAGUUUUAAGUCGAGAGUGGUGCUCUUAAGGAUGCCUUUUAAUGGUUGUUCCCGGUGGAGUUUCGUGUUUGUGUUCGUUGUCGUAGCGUUUCAAGUGGUCGUCGUUGUUGUGACAAAAUCAAGUCUACCUCCUUCGUUGUUAGUAGAUGAUUCUGCUGUUAUUGUGGAUGAGCUAGUUCAAAAAUCGUUAGUAGCCAACUCGCCUAAACGAUAUGCAACAACAUCGAAUUCAACACAUUCGGAGCAUUCGGUGUUUGAACCAUCACCUCGAGGUGUGGUGGAUUUAAUGCCAGCGGAUGACGACAUUCGGAAUGUCACAUCAUUGCGUAAACGUCGCAGUGUCUUCCAUGUGCGUUGGAAUCCAAACGAAAAAUUCAUUGUCGAAAGUAAAGAGAAGCCAGCAGUUAAUCGAACCAAGCUAUCGCCGCAUCCUCGUUUCGCUUUAUCCAAGAACACAAAACUAACACUCGAUCCGAAAUUGUAUAUGUGUCAUGACAAAUACUUAGAACGUUGUUAUAACAAAACUUUAGCUUUUCGAACAAGGAUCGUCCGGACGUUGGAGAAAUCAAUGAGUGAAUCUUUGAAUGAGACAAACUAUUACAAUGUCGAUUACAAACCAAUGUUUGGCAGCAGUUUCGAAGAACAAUACUAUCCAUCGAGUUGUUUAGUUUUGGAAGCUGGUGUUAGGGUCUUGAGACGUAGAGAUCCACCGUUUAAUAGGUUGGAGUUUGGAAAACUUUUUCCGAAGAAAAAAAUCUUUCGAGAUGUAAAGAAUAUCAAGACUUGUGCAAUUGUAUCGAGUUCAGGUUCAAUGGCUGGAUCGAAGUUGGGAAGGUUCAUAGACAGUCAUGACAUCGUAAUGAGAUUCAACCAUGCUCCAACGCGAGGAUAUGAAGUCGAUGUUGGCAGCAAGACAACUAUUCGCGUUGUAAAUUCUCAAGUUGUCACAAAAGCUGAAUUUAAUUUUACUAAAUCGAGAAUAUUUCAAAACGUUACCAUUGCUGCUUGGGAUCCUGGAAAAUACAAUGGAACUUUGGGUGACUGGCUGACAAAUUCCGAUUAUGAUAUUUUUACUAAUUACGAAAUAUAUCGUCGACGAUAUCCAAAAUCAAGAGCAUAUCUAAUCGAUCCGCAUUCGAUAUGGCGCUUAUGGCAGGGACUACAAACAUUUUCAGGGAAACCGAUUCGUAAAAAUCCACCAAGUUCAGGAUUUAUUGGUCUUUCACUAUUGUUACCGCACUGCCCUUACAUUGACUUUAUCGAAUACAUACCGUCAACAAGGUUAAAUGGUCGUUGUCAUUACUACAGUAAAGAGAUGAACUCAGCUUGUACAUUCGGAGCAUGGCAUCCAUUAGCUGCUGAAAAACUAAUGGCACUAGACAUGAAUAUUGCUGAUGAUUUGUCUGUUUUUCAAUUCGGUAUACUUCGCAUACGACGUCCGGAUAAACUCCUUUGUGGCUUCAAUUUCCUCGGGUUUUAAACUAUAUAAAUUAAACAAAAACAAAACAAAAAAAUAUGAAAAAUAAAAAAAACAUUUUGUUAAUAUUUCGGAAACAAUAACAAUAUUAAAUACAAUCACUUACAAAGUUUUGACAUUAAAAUAAAAUAAAUCGAAAAAUAUCUAACGGAUUUAGAAAAAAAAUA